AGCCCCGCCCAGCGGGAGGUGAACGGAAGUGAAGCAGGCAGGCCACAGUGGCCCUGACAGCAGGAAAAACAGCUGUUUGGCGAAGAAAGAACAAACUACUCGUUUAUCCUUUCCAUUCUUCCGCGGAGAAGACCGGAUGGUGGGGAAGUAGCUGUUGAGCCAACAUGGAACCCAUUUGUGAGCCGCUUUCGAAGACGUUGAAGCCGCUGCUGUUACUUUUCGCCUCGUUUCUUCUUGUUGUGUCUCUGGGUGACGGCAACAAGCAGCUGCCGCCACGAAGCCCCGGCGCUUCGGAAACGGCAGAAACUUACGACAAAUACUACAAUUACGUCAACCUAACCAAUCGUUUGCGGGCUUUAGCGCAGAGCUACCCCCACAUCGCCAACCUGUCGAGCGUCGGCCGGUCGGUGGAGGGCAGGGAGCUGUGGGUGAUGCGGAUCACCGCGGAGCCCGACAAAGACACGCCGGGGAAGCCGAAAUUCAAGUACGUGGGGAACAUGCACGGCGACGAGACCGUGUCCAGGCAGGUGCUGGUCUACCUGGUGGAGUACCUGCUCGCUAAUUAUGGGCAGGAAGAGCGGAUCACCGAGCUGGUGAACACCACGGACAUCUACAUCAUGCCCAGCAUGAACCCGGACGGCUUUGAGAGGUCGGAGGAAGGGAAGUGCGAGGGCAAAAGCGGGGCCCGGAAUAAUGCCAAGAACGUGGACCUGAACAGGAGCUUUCCCGAUCAGUUUGACGCGAAGACUGUGCAGCCAGAUCAGAUCCCAGAGGUUGUGGCGGUGAUGAAGUGGAUCAAGGAGCAAAAAUUUGUUCUGUCGGGCAACCUGCACGGCGGGACUGUGGUCGCCAGCUACCCCUACGACGACUCUGCCGCCCACCAGCAGGAAGGCUACUACAGCCAGUCGGCGGACGACGGCCUGUUUCGCUACCUGGCGCUGGUGUACGCCCAAAAUCACCCCGUGAUGAAGACCGGCCGGCCUAACUGCCCAGACACCCCCAGCGAAACCUUCGACGACGGCAUCACCAACGGAGCGCGCUGGUACGACGUGACAGGAGGAAUGCAGGACUACAACUACCUCCACGGAAACUGCCUGGAAAUCACCAUGGAGCUGAGUUGCUGCAAACAUCCUCGUGCUUCUGAGCUGCAAAACGAAUGGCGUCUGAACAAGGAGUCCCUGCUGGCCUACAUGGAGAAGGUACACAUGGGGGUUCAUGGCUUUGUGAAAGAUGCAGUGAGCGGUGCCGCCCUGGGCGACGUCAGCAUCGUGGUUUCUGGUAUCCGCCACAACCUGACAACGGCAAAAUUUGGAGACUACUACCGCCUUCUGCUCCCGGGAACGUACAACAUCACAGCUGUGGCUCCAGGGUACCUACCGAUGACAGUCAACAGUGUCCAGGUCAUUGAUGGGAAACCCACUGAGCUUAACUUUAAUUUACAGCCUUUAGUCAAUGAGGCUGGAGGCAGUACCCCCCAAUCCACAACCUCAGCUCCAUCUACCAAGCAUCUUAUUAUUCCUACCACAGAGGCUUACAACAGCACCCAGACUCAGGCUGCUCCCAGCAGCACUCCAUUCCUUUCACCUGAUCAUAAACCCAUCCAUCCAAAGGAGUUUCGUCACCACAACUAUGCAGACAUGGAGCUCUUCUUGCGCAAGUAUGCCAGCGAGUUUUCCUCCAUCACCCACCUUUACUCUAUCGGCCGCUCUGUACAAGACCGGGAGCUGUACGUGAUGGUCAUCUCGGACAACCCUAAAGUUCACGAUCAGGGGGAGCCAGAGUUCAAGUAUGUGGGCAACAUGCACGGAAAUGAGGUGGUGGGAAGAGAGCUCCUGCUCAACCUCAUUGAAUUUCUUUGUCGCAACUACGGCACUGAUCCUGAGGUCACUCAGCUGGUGAAAAACACUCGGAUUCACAUCAUGCCCUCCAUGAACCCUGAUGGCUAUGAGAUUGCUGAGGAAGGUGACGCAACGGGCGAGAAAGGACGGAACAACAGCAACAAUUAUGAUCUGAACCGCAACUUUCCCGACCAGUUUGUCAGCAUCACAGAACCCAGGCAGCCAGAGACAAUAGCCGUCAUGAACUGGUUAAAGAGCACCCCGUUUGUUUUGUCUGCAAACCUCCAUGGAGGCUCACUUGUGGUCAACUACCCCUUCGAUGACGACAAAGAUGGAAUUACUCAUUAUAGCCGGUCGCCUGAUGAUUCAGUAUUUAAGCAGGUGGCCAAAGCAUACUCGCAGGAAAAUCCUCUUAUGCACAAAGGACACCCUUGUGCGGACCUGUACCCUAGGGAAUAUUUUGCGGAUGGCAUCGUUAAUGGAGCCCAGUGGUACACAGUUCCCGGUGGGAUGCAGGACUGGAACUACGUCAACACCAACUGCUUUGAGGUGACCAUCGAGCUGGGCUGCGUCAAGUACCCCAUGGCUAAGGAGCUGCCAAAGUACUGGGAGCAAAACUGGAGAGCUUUGCUGCAGUUUAUGCACCAGGUUCACACCGGAAUAAAAGGCACCGUUUCUGAUCAGCGGGACAGGAUGGGAAUUCCCAACGCCACCAUCAGCGUGGAGGGAAUAGACCACAACAUCACCACAGCUCAUAGGGGAGACUACUGGAGACUGCUGGUCCCUGGGAAUUAUGCAAUCACUGCCUCUGCUGACGGGUAUACCCCUGUGACGAUCUACGCCACAGUCACAAAGGAUCACCCAGAGGUAGUGGACUUCCGGCUCACCCGCUUAUACGCGAACAAUAACGGCCCGUCCGACAGGGAGCUCUACAGCUUGAUCAAGGAGCUGUCUCAGGACCAAGGCUUGGAGCAGCUGGUCAGGAGCACAGCCACGGAUAACAGCUUCCGCUACCGGCGCCCGAAAGACCUGGACGCUUUCUUGAGAGGCCUAACCCUUAACUUCCCCCAAAUUACAUCUUUACACAGACUUGGCCAAAGUGUAGAGUUUAGAAACAUUUUGGCUCUGGAGAUCUCCAACAAUCCAACCAAACCUGAGCCGUCUGAGCCGAAGAUCCGCUUCGUGGCGGGCAUCCACGGCAACGCCCCCGUGGGCACGGAGCUGUUGCUGGAGUUCGCUGCCUGUCUGUGCAUCAACUACGGCAAGAACCCCGCCAUCACCAAGCUAAUCAACGAGACCCGCAUUUUCAUCGUGCCCUCCAUCAACCCCGACGGCCAGGCGCAGGCCGACGAGAAGUGCGCGUCCAUCCGGGGCAUGAACAACUCUCGCGGCAAAGAUCUCGACAAGACGUUUUUCGGCAACUCGUCGCAGCACGUGUCGGAGGUACAACCCGAGACCGUAGCGAUGAUGAACCUUAUCCAAAGCAACGACUUCAGUCUGUCUGUGGCUCUGGAUGGAGGCGCUCUGGUCGUCACCUACCCUUACGACAAACCCGUCCAUACCGUUAAUAACGAGGCCACUCUGAAGUACUUGGCAAAGGUAUACGCCAAGAACCACCCGAAGAUGCACCCCGGAGAUACUGCAUGUUCCAACAACGGGCAAAAGGGAAAUGUCCCUGAUGGAGUGAUGAAAGCAGCACAACUCCAGAGUCACAUGGGGAGUAUGAAGGACUUCAGUAUGGACUUUGGACACUGCCCAGAAAUCACGGUUUAUACCGGCUGCUGUCUGUUUCCUGCGGCCGACCAGCUGGCCACGCUCUGGGCCGAGAACAAGAAGGCUCUCCUCAGUAUGCUGGUGGAGGUCCAUAGAGGGGUGCGAGGAGAAGUGAAGGACAGAAGUGGGAAACCGGUUGUCGGAGCGACCAUUUUUCUGAACUCGACACUAAAGGUGUUCACUUCUGAAGCGGGCUACUUCCACGUGCUCGUCCACCCGGGCACCUACACCAUCGACGUCAUAGCUGAAGGCUACGAGGGUCAACGUAAAGAGGUUGAGGUGACUUCCUAUGAAGCUGCUGCUACUGUCAGCGUAGAGUUAGACUUAGACAACAGCAUAUUUGGAUUGCAAAGGGAGUUUGUGGUGGCCUGCGCAGCUGCCUCCAUGACAGCGCUGGUCUUGACGGCGUGCAUCAUCUGGUGCGUGUGCUCGCUGAAGUCCGACCGCCAGAAGGACGGCUUCCACCGCCUGCGGCAGCACCGCGACGACUACGACGACGAGAUCCAUCUCAACUCCAUGGGCUCCAAAAAGUCCCUGCUCGCCAACGAGUUCCAGGACGAAAGCGAAAGUGACGAAGAGACGCUUUAUGCUAACAAAAUCUGAGAGACGUCGCGCUAGUUUGAUUCAGUGUUUUUAAAAAAAAAAAAAGAAAUCCCUCCAGAGUUGAAUCCUUGACGUACAAGGAACUAAAUGAACUCUUGAUGUUGCAGCUUCACUUUCUCUCCCUAUGAAUGAGUGAUGUAAAAAAAAAAAAAAAUUUUUUUUUUUUUGUUACACCAUCAAGUUCUAAGUGCUCAGUUAUCCUGCUGGUGGACUUGUGCUCACCUUCAUGACCAGCCAGCAGGUAAAGAUGGAGGAUGGUGAUGAACACAGUGAAUGAAGAAGUUCUUGUCCAACCUCACUGAUCCUCCACAGCCGCUUCUUUGGUUCCGAGCCAUUCGAGAAGGUCAACGCUAGUUUACAGGCCAAGCUGUUAGGACUCCUGAAAACAAAUCUGCUUAGAUGUACUUUACCGCCCAAAAUUUACCUUUGAAAUUUGUUGUCUUCUAGCAGUAAUUUUAUUCUGCCUCAACAAUGAAAUCAACAGUUUUUUUUGUUUUAAAUCUUUCAGUCCGGGGUGGAAUAGCUGCAUGGAAACGUCCGAGCCUUUGGCAGAACGUCUCCAACUCUGUGCCUUGGCUUCUGUAGAUUUAUCAGUCCUGUCAGGCUGUGAUAGGUGAGACAAGACUCCAUUUUUGUUAAAUAAAACCGAGUCUAUGCUGGGAAUUGAUCCAUCUAUUAGUCAGCUGAUUAGAAAAGGCGACUUACCUUGGAGUCUAUCACGUUUGUAUUUUUGCACAGUUGGGUUUCCAAGUUUAAAGGACACCUGGACUGGAAAGUGCACACUUGCACGAAGGGCUUUUUUUUCUCCCCCCACCUCAGUGAUUCCAGCGGUACACUGAUCUCGUUGCUCGCUUAGCGCCGAUUCUUUGUAUCCGCCGCCAGAAGCACCGUCUCUGGCUCUGAUGAACCGGUAGUGACUCGGCACCAACUCUUAGCAGGGUCUAGCUGGAGACGGGUUCUUGGAUGACAGCGUUUUUAAAGAUCAAAAUGAUAGUGAAAACAUUGGAUAAAACAGGAAUAAAGAGUCGGGGGUAACCGGGUUAAGAUGAGCUUGCUUCGUCUUCCCAAUGUUUCUUUUUUCUUUAAAACCAGAUUUCUUUUUUUUUUCUUUUUUUUCUUUUUUUAACAGUCUGUCUAUUACAGCAUCUGUUUGCAAAUGAUGGGAUCCGUGGUGGUCAGCUCUCCCUGCACUGCAAUCUUCCUCUAAAAUGUAAAAUAUAAUGGAAGAUCAAAUAUUUGCUGGUUAAGAUGUUUAUAGUGAUGCAAUGAUGUGGAACCAAGCUGGUUCUCGGGCUUUGGAAAACACAGCCAGUUAUUUUAUUGAAUCAGGAGCUGGCUACAGCACCGCUGGAACCACUUUGCUGGGGGAAAAAAAAACCCAACAACAACCCAGAACUGGAAAGCAAGGACCAUGUUAUCCCUGCUCAAAACAAGAAGCUACAGAGAUAUAAAUAUGUAGUGAUGAUUGUAUUUAUUAUUCUCUUUUCUAUUGCUUUUUGUUUAAGUAUGAUUGUGUUCUGAACGUGGAAAGUUGACAUCGGUUUUGCCCUUUUUCUGUUCAUAACCAUCAGCUUGUUUUCUGCUGAACAAUGUUUUUUUUUUUCUUGAUGACUAAAUACUUUGAUUUAAAGUCAACCCUGUUUUAUUUGCCAAGUAAUUAAAAUGUAAAUGAGAGGUAUUUGUGAUCCAUAACGUAAAGAAGUUGUUCCCAAGCCUCAGAAAUUAUGCAGGGGAAUCCUGCUAAAUUGUUUUAGGGUUGUAACUUUUCUCUAAGAAAAAGGGAUCAGUUUCUCGGUGACUCAUUCAGUUAGAAAGGUGAGUUUCUCCAAAGACAAACGAGUCGCAUGGAAAGCUUUAAAAUGGUAGAAAGCAAUUAUUUUUUUUGUUAUCCCUCUCUUAGGGUUUCCGGUCUCAGAAACUUAAUCAAAAGCAUUUCAAAACAAACCUAAAAAAUCACAAAAUGGGAUAGACUUGCUCACACCUGAAAUGCUUGUAAAACUACUGUUGAUUGCUAUGAAAUCACUGAAAGUGCAUCUAAAUGGUGGGGUUUAGUGCAUGGUUUUAAAAAAAAACAAACAAAAAUGCACUUGGAGUUUACCCUUACCUUCAGCUAUUUUCACAAGAGAUUAUUUCUUAAUGUCUGCUCUGGAGAGGCAGCUUUGUAAAUUAUUUUUCUUAUGCUGCGUCUGUGAAGCCCCUCACGUAUGAGCUUUUGAAACUGUCACACAGUGUGACUUUUAUAUAAACAAAUUGGAACCAUAAAUGACGUUUUGCCAGUCGUACUUCUCGGUUACUGUGAGUCCACACGCGGUGGAACAUUUCAGCCGAAACCUUGGUGUGAUCAUGAUUACGCUAACAUGCCCCAUAGCUUCACAGAACUACACAAUAAAACUUCUCACGGCAACAUG